AUGCCCAAGUCUCUGCGCGAGUCGGAGGAGCAGACGCCCGAGAGUGGUUCCGGCGCCGGCCGUGGGCGUGGGCGUGGCGGCGGGCCGCGGAUGAAGAUGGUGCGGGCAAAAAAGUGGUCGCCCGAGGUGGAAGAGGCGUUUCGGCUGCAAUCGGUUGGCUACAAGACGAUGGAGGAGUAUGUCGAGGCCAACGGCGGCGAGCCGCUGCGGUGGGAAAACGGGUACAUCCGCAAGCUCGUCGAUCGCGAGGGCGAGUCGUUCACUUACUGGCGGAAGGACCGCGAGUGCGAGGACAAGUACCUGCACAAGGUCAAGUUGUACACGGUCGUUGAGCCGUGA